AUGGCCGAUACAUGCGGUACACUAGGACUGGCAUCAAGAAAUUUGAUUGAGGCUGGAGCUACUAAAGUCUACGCUUUUGCAACACAUGGUAUCUUGAGUGGACCAGCUAUAAAAGUGAUAAACGAAAGUGGAAUGGAAAAAUUGGUUAUAACAAAUACGAUUCCACAAAGUGAAAAUAUUGAAAAAACAGAUAAAAUAGAUGUUAUAGAUGUCAGUCAUGUUUUAGCUGAAACCAUAAGAAGAAGUCAUUUCGGUGAAUCCGUCUCAUACCUAUUCCACGAAGUUCCCUAUACGAAUGGAAUCGCAUAA